CUAAACUUAAACAGUUAAACUUAAACUGACCCCAACGGUUCCGCCGCACCCUUUUUGCCUCCAAAACUCGUUGGCGGUUGCCGGUGGCGAUGGGCGGCUCUUCCCUUCCCGUCGCCUCAUUCUCCUAAUGAGAUUCAAAUCCUCCGCCGUCAACUUCAAUCUCUUCGCCAAACUCGAGCUCCACCACCUAUCUUUCAAGCCAAACAACACCGCACUCAUGACCUUCUCUACUCUCACUCAAACCCUAACUUCAGCCCCCAACACAAUGGCUGUCGCAGACAGAGAAGACGACCACCUCUGCUCCGAAUCCGCUGACACCUCCGCUUCACCACCAUUAAACCACGAAUCAUUGUUUUUAGUUAGUAGUUCAAAUGGAUACUUAACUCGAGAGGCUCGGAUUGAGAGAGCUUGGUCGCAUUGGAAGAAACUCGGUGAGCCUAAGCUUAUUGUCGCGCCAAUGGUGGAUAACUCAGAGCUACCUUUUCGAAUCCUUUGUAGAAACCACGGAGCUGAAGCUGCUUAUACUCCUAUGCUCCACUCUCGUAUAUUCUCCGAGAACGAAAAGUAUCGCUCUCAAGAAUUCACCACCUGCAAGGAAGAUCGGCCGUUGUUUGUCCAAUUUUGCGCCAACGAUCCAGACACUUUGCUAGAAGCAGCACGAAGAGUUGAAGCUUAUUGUGAUUAUGUCGACAUCAAUUUGGGGUGUCCUCAGCGUAUUGCAAGAAGGGGAAACUAUGGAGCAUUCCUAAUGGAUAAACUUCCUAUCGUGAAAUCCUUAGUGGAAAAACUAUCUCAAAAUCUCACUGUUCCUGUUUCCUGCAAGAUCCGAAUCUUCCCAGAGUUACAAGACACAUUAAACUACGCAAAAAUGUUAGAAGAUGCAGGCUGCUCUCUUCUCGCAGUCCAUGGUCGCACUAAAGAAGAAAAAGACGGGAAAAAAAUCAGAGCAAAUUGGGACGCCAUUAAAGCAGUUAAAAAAGCUCUCGGGAUCCCAGUCCUUGCAAAUGGAAACAUCCGUGACAUGGAUGAUGUUCAAAAUUGCUUGGAUUACACUGGUGCUGAUGGAGUCCUUUCAGCAGAAUCACUUCUUGAAAAUCCAGAUCUCUUUUCUGCAUCCAGAAAGGUCGAUCAAGGUGAAUUAGUGGUUGAAUAUUUGAAGCUUUGUGAAAAAUAUCCUGUGCCUUGGAGAAUGAUUCGAUCUCAUGUUCAUAAGAUGUUAGGGGAGUGGUUUAGGGUUCAUCCACAUGUAAGGGAGGAUUUUAACAAACAAUCGAAGCUGAGCUUUGAGUUUUUGUAUGGUAUGGUGAAACGACUUCAAGAUCUUGGUGUUAUGAGACCUGUUUAUGAGGGAAGCUGUUUAGAAACUGUAUCUAAAGAUGAACAUGGAGUGCAAGCUUAAUGCCUACAGAGUUAACAGAUGCAUCUAAUAUAUUAUAAACCAGGUAAACACCUUCCAUAACUUCUCAUGAAUUUAGUGAAAAAAAUAGCUUUUUUAGCUAACUCACUGAACAUAUCUUCUUGCCUUUUAUUGUAAUGAGCCCUUCUAUUAAUAUCUGAACUUAUUCAUUAAGUUAUUCUGUUAUUGAUUGUUCA